CCACUCAGGUAUCCAUCCAGUCAUCCUGUGACUCAAACACUGUAUCUGUUUCCUGGGAAGCCUCUCAGGGAUCUGUGUCCUACAUGGCUGUUGCUGAGGGCAGUGGAGGUCAUAGGGUGACUUGCGACACCGACCAGCAUACCUGCAAUAUUAUCGGCCUGCAGUGUGGACAGACUUAUCAAAUUUAUGUCUCUGGUGUGGAUGGCGACUGUAUUGGAUCCAGAAGUGAAGUUCACAUUCUUGAAACAGCCCCUUGUGUGCCUCAGAACGUGCAGACUAUCCUGGAGUGUCAAUCUACUGUUCUCAACAUUACCUGGCAACAGAGAGGUCAAGCCCAUCACUACCACACCACAGUGAGAAGCAGUGAUGGUCGAGUGCUGGGGUGUGACUCUAACGUAACCUUCUGCCAAGUACCUCACAUUCUUUGCGGCCUGACUUACAGCGUGACAGUGGUUGCCUAUAGUCAAACCUGCAACAGUUCCCAAAGCUCUGUGCAACAUGUCACCUCAGCCCCCUGCCCACCAGAUGCUAUCUUUACAGUCUUGGACUGUGAAUUAAACACUGUGUCUGUGUCCUGGGACUCUAGUGUAGAUGGUGUGCUCUACAUUGCAAAGGCCUUUGAUUUCAAUAACGACCAAAAUUACUACACAUGUAACACCACAGAGACCAGCUGUGACAUCACUUUGACCUGUGGCAUAGAUUAUAAUGUGACUGUAGUGCCAUUAAGGGAUGGCUGCACUGGGGCAAAUGCACCAGUCCAGUAUGUUAUGGCAGCUCCUUGCGUUCCCCUGAUGUUGGAUGUUGAGAUGGACUGCCUUUCUGAUUCGGCUUGGCUGACAUGGGAAGAGUCAGCCGGGGCAGAGCUCUACAUCGCCACUGCCACUGACAGUGAUGGAGAGGUGUACCAGUGUAACUCAACUGAGGGCCAGUGUACAGUUGAACAGCUACAAUGUGGAAGAUUCUACAACUUCAGUGUCACUGCUUCAAACAGUCAGUGCAACAGCCCUACGAGCAACACAAUGGAAUCUGAAACAGCCCCCUGUCCACCUCAGAAUGUGGUCACAUCAGUGGGGUGUGGCACUGGUAUGGUGAGUGUGUCAUGGGACGAGAGCGUUGGCGCACUGAGCUACACUGCCACUUUGGAACGUACAGAUGGGGAGACCACCUGCUGCACGGCAAACUCCACUUCCUGUGAGGUCAUUAACCUUCCCUGCGGCCAGAUGUACGUCCUGACAGUCACUGCUGAGGGACGAACAUGCAACAGCUCUCAGAGCAUUGAGGUCAUCGUACGGUCAGUUCCCUGUAUUCCGGAGAGUCUGGUGUCCAGUACGAGCUGCAGUGAUAACGUAGCCACCAUGUCAUGGGUGAGCAAUGAAGUUGGUGAGCUCUACAUGGUCAGGGCCAUCAGCGAUGACGGGCUUCACUUCGACAGCUGCUCAGGGUUUGGUCAGUCAUGUGAUCUUACAAUGCUGAUGUGUGGUGUGCCAUACACUGCCACAGUAAUAGCGCAAGACAGCAUCUGCACCAGUCCACCCAGUCAAGCUGCUCCAAUUAGGACAGUGCCCUGUGUGCCGGAUUAUGUGAGCGCUGAUGUGAUCUGCCAAGGGAACGACCUGUCCGUGUUCUGGCAGGAGAGCGCAGGAGCAGACUCUUACACAGCUAUGCUUGAGGAUAGUUACGGCCAUCUCACCAACUGUCAGAGCAUGAACGACACCACCUGUACAGUUAACAGCCUCGCCUGCGGACAGACCUACCAUGUCAGUGUGAUAGCGUCAGACGGAUACUGUGACAGCUUGCCCAGCGCCAUCAUUGACGUAAAUACAGCUCCUUGUAUGCCUCGUGGCAUUCGGGCACUAAUGGACUGUCAAUCUGGUACGGCUGCUUUGUCAUGGCAGCCAGGCACUGGGGCAAUGCAGUACGUGACCACAGCAGUUGAUGAGUCUGGUCAUGCACUCAGCUGUGAAAGCAACAAUACCAACUGUGAGCUGACAGGACUAGCCUGUGGAGAGAGCUACAACAUCACGGUGUUAGCAGAAGGACAAACCUGCAGCAGUGCUGCAACCAUGAGUGGACCCCUGAGUACAGGUGAGCAAAGCUACUCAAACCACCUCCUAGAAUACUCCUAAGCAGUACUCUAAGCAAAC